UGUUAAUAACAAAUCAGUCACGCGGGUCACCACAAAUGAUCUCCGUUCACAUCUAUUCUAACAGUCAAGCAGUCUCUCCCCUUUCUUCUCUCUACUUCUCUUCCUCUGCAUUCCUCCAUCAAAUUCGAACCAUUCAUCAAAUCAUGGGAUGCCACGUGGUGGCAAUGCCUUAUCCAGGUAGGGGCCACAUCAACCCACUGUAACUUACUAGUUUCAAGGAAGGACAACAUUCUCAUCAGCUUCGUCGUGACGGAGGAGUGGCUCGGCUUCCUCAGCUCCGAGACCAAGCCGGCUCAAAUUCGCUACGCCACCAUCCCCAACGUCACCCCCUCGGAGAUGGGUCGCGGCGCCGACUUCGCGAAUUUUGUUGAAGCUAUGCGGACUAAGCUGGAAGACCCAUUCGAGCGGCUGCUGAAUCGGCUUGAGCCGCCGAGACCGAGCAUCAUCAUCUACGAUAUUUCACUGCCGUGGGCGGUCGGCGUCGGCGAACGGUGGACUAUUCCGGUUGCUGCUCUUUGGACUCUGCCGGCGUCGGUGUUUUCGGUGUAUCAUCACUUUGAUCUCCUCCUCCAAAAUAGCCACUUCCCCGCUAACGUGUCAGAACGAGGGAAUGAGGUAGUUAACUACAUACCCGGAAUGUUGAAGGUCACCCCAUGUGAAAGGGGUGAUCCUCAUGUCAACAAAGGAAGACAACCAACCAAGUCAAGCUUGGUGGCCACCAACCAUGUCAAAAGUCAAGAAUGA